GCUCCUUUAUGAGGGUCACUUGCCCCAGCCUCUCAUUUUCCCUCAGGAUGGAUCGUGAAGACGAGGAGGAUUAUGUUUUGCUUAAAGGCUAAUACUUCGAGGCAGUGAUCUUUGAGUUUAUGACUAAAGAAAGUGGAAUUACAAUCAUGCAAUAAAAAUGUUCCAAGUGAGACAAUAUAUUACUGUCCUGCUUCUGGUUGGAGCUGUGAAGUCACAGGUCAAUCCUGCUGUAUGUAGGUACCCGCUUGGGAUGACUGGUGGCCAGAUUCAGGAUGAAGAUAUUUCUGCUUCCAGCCAAUGGUCAGAGUCCACUGCAGCUCGAUAUGGCAGAUUGGAUUUUGAUGAUGGAGAUGGGGCCUGGUGUCCGGACAUCAUGGCUGAACCAGAUCGUCCAAAAGAAUUUCUGCAGAUUGACCUUCGUACUCUCCAUUUUCUGACUCUUGUUGGCACGCAGGGACGGCAUGCAGAUGGAGUGGGCAAUGAGUUUGCCCAGCGAUAUAAGAUUAAAUAUAGCCGGGAUGGCACCCGCUGGGUCUCCUGGCGAGACCGGCAAGGUCGACAGAUCAUCGAAGGGAACAAUAACGCCUAUGAGGUCGUGCUCAAGGACCUGGAGCCUCCCAUUAUUGCUCGUUUUGUGCGUUUCGUGCCUGUGACUGACCCCUCUAUGAUUGUGUGUAUGAGGGUGGAGCUCUACGGCUGUGAAUGGCUCGAUGGUCUGGUAUCCUACAGCGCCCCUGCUGGCCAACAGAUGAAUUCCAGAGGCCAUCAAAUCCACUUAAAUGACACUGUGUAUGACGGAGCCAUUAGUAACAGCAUGACAGAAGGUCUUGGGCAGCUCACUGAUGGAAGCUGGGGUUUAGAUGACUUCACUAAAAGUCAGGUGUAUGGUGUCUGGCCUGGGUAUGACUAUGUGGGCUGGACCAAUAGUUUCCCUGGUGGCUCAGUGGAGAUGACAUUUGAGUUUGACCGGGUCAGAAAUUUCACAUCAAUGAAGGUCCACUGCAACAACAUGUACACAAGGGGAGUAAAAAUCUUCCGACAGGCCAUCUGUCACUUUCGUUCGGAUUCAGACUGGGAGCCCAAUCCUGUGAUGUUCAAGCCGAAAGCGGACAACAUCAGUCCUAUUGCUCGGUUUGUCACUGUUGCCCUUGGCAACCGCAUGGCCAGCACAAUUAGGUGUCGUUUUGUAUUCAAUGGCAUCUGGAUGAUGUUCAGUGAAAUUGCUUUCCAGUCAGAUACAGCGAUGUACAACACCUCUUUUGUUCCUCGUAAACGUAACCAACCCCCAGGUAUUUAUCCAGGGGAUGAUCCAACCCACAAAAUUGAUGACAGCCACACACGGAUCCUAAUAGGCUGUUUGGUGGCCGUUAUUGUCAUUCUGUUGGCCAUCAUAAUAAUCAUACUAUGGCGGCAGGUGUGGCAGAAGAUGAUUGAGAAGGCCUCUCGGCGUAUGCUGGACGAUGAGCUGAAUGUGCAUCUUUCUGUUCAGAGAGAGGCGUUCGCACGCCGUCACUCUUCUCUGUCCAGUUAUGUUGAAUCCAGUUCCACAUAUGAAAGGAUUUUCCCCAUGGGAUCUGACUAUCAGGAGCCAUCCCAACUUUUACGGAAACUACCAGAAUUUCAGGCUACUGAAAACCUUGCAAUGAUCGAUGCCCCUUCCGAACCCUCUAUGGGCCACCCUACAGAUGAGGUCCCACACUACGCAGAGGCAGACAUUGUGACCCAGCAGGAAACCACUGGGGCUCACAGUUACCGUGUCACUGUGGUCAAUAUGCCCUUAUCUCCAGGACGGGAUGGAGCUCUGGAGGAGUUUCCAAGGGAGAGACUGACUUUUAAAGAAAAACUUGGAGAAGGACAAUUUGGAGAGGUUCAUCUGUGUGAAGCUGAGGGUAUGCAGGAAUUCAUGAAGGACCAUUGUGGUGACAUCAGUGAUGAUGAGCCAAUGCUCGUAGCAGUCAAGACACUAAGAGAGGAUGCAGACAAAAACGCGAGGAACGACUUCUUGAAAGAGAUCAGGAUCAUCUCACGAUUAAGAGACCCGAACAUCAUUCGCCUGUUGGCCGUGUGCGUUGAGAGCGAUCCGCUGUGCAUGAUCACGGAGUACAUGGAGAACGGGGACCUCAAUCAGUUCCUGUCCCGUCAUGAGCUGCAGGAUGAAGGAGUUCAGGACGGUGAUUCGGCUACCAUCAGGUAUAUCAGCUACAGAAAACUGAUCAACAUGGCCUCUCAGAUAUCCUCUGGAAUGAAGUAUCUGUCAUCUCUGAAUUUUGUUCACCGUGAUCUCGCUACACGCAACUGUUUAGUGGGCACAAAUAACACCAUCAAGAUCGCUGACUUUGGCAUGAGCCGAAACCUGUAUCGUGGAGAUUACUACCGCAUACAGGGACGAGCUGUGCUCCCCAUCCGCUGGAUGUCCUGGGAGAGCAUCCUUCUGGGUAAGUUCACCAUGGCCAGUGACGUGUGGGCAUUCGGGGUGACCCUGUGGGAGAUUCUAACCCUGUGCAAGGAACAGCCGUACGCCCAAUUUACAGAUGAACAGGUGAUCGAAAACAAGGGCGAAUUUUUUAGAGACCAAAACAAACAGGUCUAUCUGCCAAUGCCAUCCUGCUGUCCUGAUUCAGUGUACAGCCUCAUGCUCAACUGCUGGAAGAGAAAUGCCAGAGAAAGACCAACGUUCCUGGAGAUCCACAGCACACUGAUGGAACAAUAUGACUAAUUCCAUGCGGAUGUACAGGGCAGCUUUUCCACGCACAUUCAACCCUCUUAGAUUGUUUUAGCUCUUAAGAAAAAAAUUGGAGAUUUUGUUAUAAUAAGUCCAGCUUAUUAUAAUAGCAAUAUCCUUCUAAUUUCAGUAUACUAGAAAAUCAUACAUAGACCUGCAUAUUAUAUGGUACGAAAAUUAUAUGGGAAUAAUGUUUUGUGAUUAUUUUAAAAUGUUAUUUUGUACUUUUUUUCAGUGCUCUCUGCUCAUUUUGCUGUUGUUUUCAUUGUUUAUUAAAUAUACAUAUUUGCUGACUU